AUGGAUUUCAUAAAGUUACUAUUUCCAAGAGACCAAAAAUGCGUGUUUGCGCACGAACUUUUUUCUCGAACAUUUUACGAAUUACUCAUGGUUGUGAAAACUACUAAAAUGUCAAAUGUUUGGUUAAAUAAAAAUGCUUAGUAGAAUAUCAUCGCACAGAUGGAUUAUUAUCCAUCGAGAAUACACCGUUUUUCGUGAUCAAUAUGGGUAUGUUACUAUUAAUAUGUCGCUGUUUGACAGGAAGUUGUUCUGGAUAAUUUGGGAGGCAUUGAGUUACGGGUGCAAAUUUACUUGGCGGUAACGCUUGUUCACAAUUCACUAUUUCGAACGAGAUAUCUAAUGGAAAUGGAAGUCAUCUGUAUUUCGUCUGAUGAUGAAUCAGAUUCGCAAAAGAAAAACAAAACUGAUAAAAUUCUAAUAAAAUCUAUAGAAAUUGCUAACGGAGCCAUUGCUCAUGAAGAAGCAGAAAUGUUACUCAAUGUUAAUGAAAAAAUUGAAGAGACAAAUUUGAAACGAAAAAUUGUACAUAUUGAGAAAGAAAGAACUUAUAGUACAGAAAAAAGGAAAAAGUUAGAUGUUGAUCAGGAUAAAUCUGAAGUAAUAAAUAAAUCUGAUAUAUCUUGUACAGAUUUAUUAUCUGAGACAUGUUUUGCUGAAUCUAAUUGUAAUAAACAACCAACUGAGGACCAAGAAAUAAAGACGCAAUUGGUUGUGAAGGAAAAAAAAAAGAUAUCAUAUAUUUCACAGGAUGUUUUUCCCUUGUUUCUAAGUUUAUGUUCGCGAAAAUGUCCAACAAAUGAUGAACAAGAAAUGAUGAUUAUUAUUGAUAAGUUAAAAAGACGUUAUGAGAACUUAGAUCCAUGUUAUCGUAGAUCACAUAAUUUUGCUAUGUUUUUAAAUGAAAAACGCAAAGCUAUUACAAAUGAUAGCAAAAAACUGUAUGUACAUAUACAGGAAGUAAUGAAUGAGAUGAAGAAAAAGAUUAAAAAGAGCUCUCGAACAUCACAAACUAGUGAAAUCUAUGAUGCAGUUCCUUCUACUUCUUAUGCUAUGGACAGUGUACCUAUUAAUGCAGUAGAAUCAGAUGAUGAUAAUGAGGAUGAUGAGGAUGAGGAUGAGGAUAAAAAUGAAGAUAAUGAUAAUGAAGAGGAACUUAGAACAAGAAUAAAAAUUAAGAAAAUAUUGCACACUAUGGAUAAAUGCGACAAAAUGAUUAAGAAAUUAGAAGAAGAAGAAGUUGAUUUUAAUGAAGAAAAUGAUAGUAAUUAUAUAAAGGUUGAAAGAUAUAAACAGAAGAUGAUCGAAUUAUAUAGUAAACUUUGUCAGCUAACGGGGGAAAAUGCUGAUGCAGGACGUGUAUAUUUGCGUCCUAAACAUUUAAGCGUAACCCAGAUUGUUGCGGUGGAUCAAGCAAUAACAAAUUUUAUUAACCAGAAAAUUACUGAACGGAAUAAUUUAAAAAAAAAAGGAAAAACUUUUACAGAUGAUUUAAUAUUUCCUGAUUAUAGAGAUAUCUUGAAAUGUGUUAGUAUAUGUAAUGACAAAAAAAAUUUAGGCUUAGAUACAAAUAAACAAAAACAAAUGGCAACAAAAGCUUUCAAAGAACUCGGAGAAUACUUGCAACGUUCAAGGCGCAACGAUUAUUGGGAUACUUUUUCUUUAUAUCUUGAAAAUUCAGAAGAUCCAGCUACAAAAGACAGAAAUUUGGCGAGAAAACUUGCUGAGAAUCGUACUGAGGGUGAAAAACGAUUAGCUGCUGUAUUUGAAGAAUUUGUACAAAAACAGAUACAAUUAAAAGAUCAAAGUAAUGAAAAAACAACUUCGGAGGAGGAGGAAGAGGAGGAAGAGGAGGAGGAGGAGGAAGUAAAAAUAGAAGGUAUUACAUAUGAAGAUAAGAAUGAUGAUAUCUUGUCUGUGUCAAGUGAGGAGGACAGUGAGAAUGAAGAAAAUGCAAAUAAAAUAGUUGAAGUAAAUGAAUUACCUAUGGAAAAGAACAAAUCUAAUAUAAAUAUGAUAAAUAUACGUCGUGCUAUAGAUAUUUCAAAUAAAAUCACAGAAAAUACCUCAUCAGCAAAAUGUAAUAAAAUAAUUGAAAUAAAAGUAAGAAAUGAGAAUAACCCGGCAAUAUCAAAUGGAAAUAAUGCAGUUAGUGAGAAAACAAUUAAUCAUAAUAAAUUAUGCAAUAGCAACACUAUUCCAAGGAAUAUUGUGACAGAUGUGGAUAAACCAUGUUUAAGUAACACUAUUCCAAGGAAAGCUGUGACAGAUGUGAAUGAACCAUGCAGUAGUAACACUAUUUCAAGGAAUAGUGUGACAGAUGUGAAUAAACCAUGCAGUAGCAACACUAUUUCAAGGAAUAGUGUGACAAAUGUGAAUAAAUUAUGCAGUAACAACACUAUCCCAAAAAAUAUUGUGAAACCGUGCAGUGGCACUAUUAUACCAAUGAAUGUUGUGACAGAUGUGCAUAAACCAUGCAGUAGUAGCACUAUCCCAAGGAACGAUGUGAAAAAUAUUGUGGACACUUCUAACGAGAAGAUUCAUAAGCCAUGCAGUAGCAACACUAUCCCAAGGAACGAUGUGAAAAAUGUGGAUACUACUAACGAGAAGGUUCGUAAACCAUGUAGUGGCAACAUUACUUCAAAAAACUCCAAGAACGAUAUGAAAAAUCUUGAGGAUGACAAAAGGCAAGAGGAUUCGCUACCAGUGGCUUCUACAUCAAACUACACAAGUAAGGAUCUACCAGAGGCCAAAGUGAAAGAUGUAUCCAAAAUUAUAACAUAUUCUGCGACAAAGGAUGUGGCACCUGUAGUAACCAGCACGGAAAACGCAGUAAUGAUAGUAACAACGGAGAAUGUUACGGAUGAAGCAACCGAGAAUAUGUCCAACAAUAUGCAAUCGGAAAAGGAAAAGAAACCUCUAUUGCGAGUGCGUUCAUUCGCUAAACCUCCGGAGACUUGGCAGGAUAAUCAACAUAAAAUAGAUAAGCCCGCUCAAAAAAAUGCGCCAAAGUUAGUAAAUCAAACUAAAGAAAUUGUUGAUUUGACUAACGAAGGAACGGUCAAACCUGUUGCUAGCAAGUGCAUUAUACAAAUUGGAAACAAAGUAGUCCCCAUAGUGAAACGUCACAAAGUAUUUAGAACAUCAAGUAAUAAUAUAAUCAACGUCAAAAAUAUUACAAAUAAUUAUUUGAAGGUAAAUACGCGAACGGGCCAAAUUAUAGCACCUGUGCAUGAUAUUCGCGCAGGAGCUACGAUAUUCCGACUGCCAGUUCAAACUAUUAAUCAGAACCAAUUGCAAAACACGAAUAUAGCGAAUGAAAUAUCUUUGAAAGGGAAAACGGUAUUAAAAAUUGUACCUACGAAGUCGAUUAUCAUACCUAAGCCAUCGGCAACGCAAUCCGUUUCUAAGCAAACGGAUAUAAGUUCAUCGAUAACACAAUCCAAAUGAUU